UGAUCCACGGCAGCCUGUGGAGGUUGGAUCCGAUUCAGAGCCAAAAGCAGAAGAACCGGGUUCCGCGGCGCUACAAAUACGGGCGCAGCGUCACCGACCAAUCAGGCACCGCGGCUGCACUUUGCGCACUGAGGACGACGCAGACAUGAGUCGAGUUUUGGACAUCGAGCGAUGUGACCUGGACAUUAAGACCAACAACUUCAUCCAUCACACAGACCUGCAGGGUGAGGACAGGCUGGUCGUCAGACGGGGACAAGUCUUCAACAUCGUCUUCUACCUGACACCCGGCAGCCCGCAGCUCCAACCGGGCGGAACUGGCUUCACUCUCAUCGCCGAAACAGGUCCGGUCCGGAGUCAAGAAUUCGGCACCAAAGUCCGCUUCGGUCUGCAAGAGUCCACGUUAGACUGUGCGUGGAGCGCGUGCACAGCGUAUGACCCUUCAGGAAACGUCGUGUCCGUGUCGAUCAGCUCCGCCCCCGACGCCCCCAUUGGACACUACACCCUGAUCCUGGACCAGGACGGACACACCACCACCUUAGGACACUUCAUCUUGCUGUUCAACCCCUGGUGCCCCAGAGACGCCGUUUACAUGCGCAGCGAGACAAAGCGGCAGGAGUAUGUUUUGUCUCAGCACGGGCUGAUCUACAGGGGGACACAUAAAAUGAUCUCAGGGACCCCCUGGAACUUUGGGCAGUUUGAGUCAGGAAUACUGGACAUCUGUCUAAAACUGCUGGACAAAAACCCCAAGUUUGAGUCUGAUCCUGACCAGGAUUGCAGCGCCAGGAGGGACCCCGUCUAUGUGACCCGAGUGCUGAGCGCCAUGAUCAACAGUAACGACGACAGUGGCGUGCUGGUCGGCCAGUGGCAUGACUACACGGGUGGAGUUCACCCUGCGGUGUGGAUGGGCAGCGGGGACAUCCUGCGCCAGUGGUCAGAGAGCGGACCGGUCCGUUACGGACAGUGCUGGGUCUUUGCAGCUGUGGCCUGCACAGUGUCGCGGGCCCUCGGGAUCCCGUGUCGAGUGGUUACUAACUUUGGAUCGGCUCAUGACACCAACGCCAAUCUACUGAUAGAAAACCUUUACGAUGAAACUGGUGAAAGUCUUUCUGAGGGGGAUUCAGUCUGGAAUUUCCACGUUUGGGUGGAUAGCUGGAUGACUCGUCCAGAUCUGGGGCCCGAGUGUGAUGGAUGGCAAACCAGUGAUCCAACCCCACAGGAGGAAAGUGAAGGUGUUUUCUGCUGCGGGCCGGCUUCACUGAGGGCCAUCAAAGAAGGAGAGCUGACUAAGAACUACGACACGCCUUUUAUUUUUGCUGAGGUGAAUGCAGACGUUGUGGACAUGGUGCGUCUGUCAAAUGGAGAGUUUGUCAAAUUUAGCGGGUCGAGUAAAUCUGUGGGAAAAUGCAUCAGCACCAAAGCUGUAGGUUCUGAUGACCGCCGUGACAUCACGCACAAGUACAAGUAUCCUGAAGGCUCAGUGGAGGAGCGGCGGGUUUUUGAGAAGGCUCAGCACCACAACAAGCUCCAGCAGCGAGGAGAAGAGCCAGGACUCCAUAUCAAGAUCAAACUCUCUGACGACAUGAUGGUGGGCUCCGACUUCGAUGUCCACACCGUCAUCAGGAACAACUACAUGAAGGCAAAGACGUGCAAGUGUCUAUUCUUUGCCAAAGCGGUCGGCUACAAUGGCACGCGAGGAGAGAGCUGCGGAUUUACGUCAGACACCGUGGACGUGGCCGCGGGAGAAGAGAGGCGCCUUUCACUCACCCUGAAAUACAAAAACUACGGACCAGUGAUCACCUCAGACAGGCUGAUCCAUCUGACAGCCGUCACCAUGGACAAGCAAACCACCGACUACCAGAAAGAAGAUAAGACCAUAGUCCUGGACCAGCCACAGAUAAAGAUCAGGCUGCUGGGAGAAGCUACAAUUGAGCAGGCGGUGACGGCAGAGCUGACCUUCACCAACCCGCUACCAGAACCGCUGCAGGACUGCAGCUUCGUCUUAGAAGGCGUCCAUCUCACUGACGGCAAACCCGUCACACACAAGACUGGUGUGGUGGGGCCGAAAAAAGAAACCAAAGCCAGUGUUGAGUUGACUCCCAGCAAAACCGGGUCAUCCAUGCUGCUGGUCAACUUUGACAGUGACAACUGAAAACAUCAAGAACUUCAUCCUUGUUGUUGUAAAGGAACCAUGUUCGCCGUGAGCUGCGGAUCCUCCUGAUAGUCAGGACGGGAACGGUUCCCAUCGGAGUUCAAGCUCCUGAAGACUCGAUUCAUCUUUGACAGUCGUGUUGGAUCCGUCUCCAGUGAACCACCAAAACAGCUUUCUUUUUUUUUUUUAAUUUUCAAUUUAUUUCAUUUCAAUCAAAACAAAGUUGC